GGCGCAGUGCCCACGGGCGCGCACAGAGCUCCCUUUCUUUAAGAAAAGGCAAAGGGGAAUUCCUUAUGGUGGAUGCUGCAGCUAUGAGAAGCCUUUUCAUCCGGCUGUUUUUCAGAGUCUCCACUGGCUGCGUUAAUUACAGGGCCUGGGGCUGCACUUUGAGCUCGCUGUGCUCAUGCAUGCUCUUGAGAAAAAGCCGCGCAUCUGAUUCUCACGACACGGACGAAAACCACACACAAAUACGCACGCGCGCGCACAUGCUCGCGCCCGCCUGAGCCCGCGGAACCAGUCAGCCAGCUGCUCGGGGACAUUCUUGUCCAGUCUUCUGCAACUUCGGCUUCACAGACAGCAGCAGGACGACGACACUGAGGACGACGUGAGCUGGUUUUAAGACGUGGUUGUUUGUUUAUUUUUUAAAUCCCCACUUAGCCCAGCAGCUCAGGUCAGAGGAUGUGGAGCGUCGCUGCUCCUGCCAGACCUCAGUGAAACUUUUGUCGGUGAGCGGAGCGCACACAGAGGGGAAGAGCUGGACCCGCAGCCCGUGUGUCGGUCACCGGAGAAGAUGGGAGACUUCCACUAGACUGUCUCCGAGAAAACAUCAUGGCUGUAGACGCUGCAUCCAGUUUCAGUUUCUGCAGGCCAGCUGUGGAGUACAGGGCUCUGCCUGAGGACUUUAAGCACCAGCUGAGUCGACGGACAGGUGGGAACCUGACCUGGCAUGACGGCCGUGGACAGAAAACAGCGGGAGGCAGAACAGUGAAGCUGCUACAGCAGCCGGGGACCGAGGCCCUGCAGUACCGCUCCAGUGACAAUUAUGGGAUAUAUCACACGAGCCCAACACAGCCCAGCCUGAUCCGUCCUGUUGUUCUUUGGUCUCAACAAGAUGUGUGCAAGUGGCUGAAGAAACACUGUCCACACAACUACCUGACCUAUGUGGAAGCCUUCUCCCACCACGCCAUCACAGGCCGAGCGUUACUGCGCCUGAAUGGGGAGAAGCUGGAGCGCAUGGGUUUAGUGCAGGAGACACUUCGACAGGAGCUGCUGCAACAAGUGCUGCAGCUCCAGGUGCAGGAGGAGGGACGCAACCUGCAGCUGCUCAGCAGAGAUAGCUGGAAAAAAAAUAUUGACGAUGGCUCCAUAGUUUGUGCUGCCGUCCCACAGCAGGAGGGUCCAGGUUCAAACCCAGGCAGGCAGGCAGGCAAGUUAAAACUUGCAUGCUCUCUAUGCUUGUGUGAGAUUUCUCCACUCUGUUUUCUCCUGUCCUUGUAAAACCUGCUGCUGUAAUUAUGCGUAUCUGUGCCAAGGAUACAUUUCACUUCUUGGUUGAAUAACGUUGGAAAAAUGUUGGUGGGUGUAGUUCCAAAACAAAGGGGCUUUUCACAUGGGAGGCAUUCUGCUGUGUGUCCACCGCCACCAGCCCUGCAUCUGUCUGGAGUCAGGGAAGUGUUAUGGCUCUCUGUGAUGUAAAUAUGAGAACAGCAAUGUAAACAAACAACACUUACAGAAUAAGCGGGUCUGUUUUCUAUGUUUUCCAUCCACUUUAUUCAGAUGAGACUACUGUGGUUUUAAUAUACAAAGCAACACUGUGACGGGGGCCCCACCCUGUGGGGUGCUCGGGGUAGAGCACCUGGUGGCCCAUGGUGACUGGCCACAUGGAGCCUGAAAGCAGUGCAUGGGUCAGCCCUUCUGUAGGCCCAGCACUCACACGGGUUCAGUAAAAGAUGUGGUUUUCUUUGUUUCUUAAACCAAUUUUUUGUUCACAUGUCUGUGAACUACACUAAAAGCACUGCGACUUCUCAUUGAAAAUAAUUGAAUGCUAGCAGUUGUUAUAAGCCAACAGUGGAGUUUGACGUAACUUGGCUUUAAGAUUAAUGGAAAAGAUUCGAUGUCUUUAAAUCAUGCAGUGACAUUUUUAGUCAAAAUUCUGUUCAAACUAGAGCUAAGAGAGAUAGCGGAGAGGAUUUUCUUCCAUGCUUGUAUUAGGCAGCAAAGUAAGACAGUAAGGCUGAAGUCCCAAAGCUAAACAACAGACAUUAGUUUCCUCUGCCUGCACAAAGUCGCUGCUUACAGCUCAUAAAACUCUCCUAAUUAGAAACAUGAGAGCCCAGUAGAAGUGGUUGCAUCUUAGCUGUACAUGAUUGGCAGAACAAAUGAAAAUCAAUCAGUUAAACAACUUAUCAGAAACUCUUGGCUGGCUGUGCCUUUUCAGUCUUUGGCCUUUUAAAAAAAGGAAGUAAAAGCUAAAGUAUAGAAAGUCCCAGUUAUUUGUUUUUGUGAGGGUUUAGGUGGAAUGGAUGGAUGCCUGAAGAAAGAGUUUGACUCACAGCACCCUUUUAAUUAACAGCAGAUUGUUGGUGUUACAUUUAAACAGUGUUAUGUGUUAGAAGUGCUGGUAGGUGCUUCUUUUGCUAGCUGCUUUCAGGUGAUUCCUGUCUUUAUGUUAAGCUACUUUAUGCCAACGGCUGGUUGUCGUCUAAUGUAGAUAUAGACGCGUUAGGGAUGUUAUGAUAGUAGAAAUGUAGUAGUCAGUACUAAUAUCAGUGUUAGUUAUAUGAUUGUUGAUACCCAAUUAAAUAACAUAGUUACAAAAAAGCGAGCAAACAAACAAACUGAAUGUUCCUUGUAUUUAAAAUUAUGGUGCCUCUGUCACUUCCAGACCUGCAGCCUCGGUACAGAUGCUGUCUAUGGUAGAUGUAAUAAAAGGACAAAACAAACUUGACGUGGAUGGGUGUGUGUUUGUUUGUGUAUCUGUUUUUUUGUUUUUCUUCUCUUUCAGCGACAGUGUGUCCUUUUGCUAGAGUAGAUAACAUGUUGUGAUCUUAUCUUUUCUCCUGUUUGUCCCCUUUUCUAUUUUCUUUUGUAUUCUCUUUACUUCCAGCUGUCGGCUCAGGCAUUAUUACACCAUACAUGUAAACAAAUAAUUAAAUAAAAAGAAAUUGGCUAGCAAAAGGAGCCUAUACAGAGUUGAUAGUUUAUAGAUCCUCUUGGCAAAUCAAAUAUGUUUGGCACAUCAGUGCAUUCAGACCAUGAUUCUGCUUGCUGAAGCUUGUAGAAAAGAAAGGUUUAAAAACAAACAUUAAACAAUUAUUGUCAUAUUUUGAGAAUUUUGAUAUGAAUUGGUAUCUUCUGAUGAUAUCCCUUAGACACAUGCUAUAUCAGGCCUUGUGGCAUGUGUCUCUUUAGACUGAACAUAAAUGUUUGUGCUGAUUUUUUAUGCUCUAGUGAAAGAAAAGCAAUAGUCAUAAUAAGCAGUCUGUUUUUAAAACUGACUUAAUUUUCAUGGACUAUCCUGACACAAAAUGGUAUUUGCCACAGUUUGUGUUACUGUGUUAAGUUGUCCUAAAUUAUCUGAUUGUUAAGUCUUUUUCAUGGUACUAACAGCUCAGUAACAGCUAACUGACAUAUAUUCCUGAUUUGUA